UUUCUGGUUUCAUGGAGGAAUCAUUAUCGUCUUCUUCAAACACCCAACAACAAACUAAUCUCAAAAUGGGCUCACAAAAGCGCAAAGCAGGAAGAAAAAAGUUUCAGGAGACUCGCCAUCCUGUGUACAAGGCUGUCCGGCGGAGGAAAGGGAAAUGGGUGAGUGAACUCCGACAACCUUAUAACAAGUCCUCCAGGAUUUGGCUUGGAACCUUUCCAAGCCCUGACAUGGCUGCUAGGGCUUAUGAUGUAGCUGAUUUAGCUCUUAGAGGAGAUUCUUCCUCACUGAACUUCCCUGAAUCAGCCCAUUUACUGCCCCAAGUUAGGUCCACUUCUACUAUAGAUAUUCAAUGUGCUGCUCUAGAGGCUGCAGAUAAGUUUCAGCACUCUUCUACUUCAUCUUCUUAUUCUUCAUCGAUAAACACCAUGGAUGGAACCCAGAAGGUUGAAGAAGCUUGUAAAAGUGAGGAUAUGUUUUUGGAUGAGGAAGAGUUGUUUAACAUGCCAGCUUUACUUGAUAGUAUGGCAGAAGGGCUUAUUCUUACGCCGCCAGCCAUGAAAAAAGGGUUCAGCUGGAAUGAUGUGGAGGACGAUGACCCUGUGAAUUUAACUCUAUGGAGUGAUUGAUCAUGAAUGAUCCCUUCACCUCGUUAUGUAAUUCUCAAUGUUUUUUCGGAUGGUACGCUGUACAAUUGAGAAGUAUACUUUUGGUUAUGUAUUUUUGGAUUAAUAACAUCAAAAUGGAAGGAAGAUAAGAAAAACAAGUGCUUACACCUCCAUGAAUAAUAAAAAUGGAGUUGAUAAACAUUACGGUAGACAUGGUAUACUAUUUAUCAUUUUCUUCUUUUUUAUGAGAAAUAUAUUAAUAUUGUCCUGUAAAAAAAAAAGUAACAAAAAUGAA